AGGAGACCUUCAAUCGGGCAUUGCUGAUAUAUCAGUGCCAAUCAAACAACGGUAUAUCACCUUAGACCAGAAUGAAGCAAUUUUGGGGAUUGAAGUUCGAUUAGUUCGUUAUUAGUCUCUUUCCGUUGACCUUUCAAUAGCAACUGCAUUGUUCUAUUUUCUCACCCUUGUGUGUCUCUUUAAUCUUGUCACAUGACGAGAUCUCUCUCGCCAUUCUGGUAUAUAACAAACAAAUAUUUCCAUAAUAAUGCGAAGUUACAGACGAGUGACUCGAAACAUUUUAUCCAGUUUAUUCAAUCUUCUUGCUUACACCCGAAUCAAGAUUCAAAUCCUACCGUCUCUGUCCCAGACUAUCAUAGUUCUCGGAUCUUUUUGUUGAGCGACAAUACAAAUUAAUAUUACUAUGACUUAUUCCGCCAAUUUGAAGCUGUGACAUUUUUGCAGCACCGCCCAGAAUAUUCCAAAGAAUUAAAAGUCUGCUUGUAACCAUGAUUUUCUUUUUAUUUCAGGUGAAAAAUAUGAACGACUCAUUAUCCGAUACUUAUUGUCCAUGUUGCACUAUUCUUGGCAAACCACAAUCCAGGGUGAAUUUUCUUAUACUAUCAGGUCUUCCAGAAAGUCCCAUAAGCGGUCAAAUUAAGUCAAAAUUAACUAAUAGUGAAAAAUUUAAUAAUAAUUUGGAAAAGUUAAUUACUUAUCGUAAUUAUUCCAUAGCCAGUGAUAUGCAAAAUCAGCUUAAAAAAAUCUGCAAUGAAUUAACGGAAAAUGAUGGUGCAUCUACUACACUUUCUUCUCCUAUUGCAUCGAUUGUAAAAGUUGAAGGCAAAAAGGCGAGAACAUGUUGUUAUGGUAUUAGAAACUUGAUUCUUCCAGCAAAUCAAGCAUCGUAUGUACAGUCACAGACAAAUGUUCAAACUGGAAUUUAUAGUUAUUACAGUAUUAAUGCAUUUCUGUGGGAUAAGCUGAAAGAAGACAUCUUAGAUGAGCUUAAUCCAAAACCAGAAAAUGAGGAAGAAGGUAAUAGCUCAGCAUUAAAUACAAGAUAUCUGCGCUGUUAA